CGCGUAAUUCAUAAUUCGUCUUCGAUCGUCGUGUGUUCAGGUAAGGUACAUGUUAUGUACUCAUUUGUGUUCUCCGAUAAAGAAAACUUAUCAAUAAUGCUAACGAUUACCCAUGGAAAAGCUUGAUUAAGUAUUCGCGAUUUUUCACCGGAUCAUGAUUGCUAUAGGGUGAUUUAAGUUUGCUUGAUAUGCGUAUCGACGCUAGAGUCUGCGAUAACUGCUUAAGCGGCCAUGUUGUUGUCGAACUAAGAAAUCGUCUUAAUUUUCGAUUUCAUUCGCGAUCAUUCAAUUAUUUACAGCAUGUGAAGAUUUGGAGGAUAGAGAUAAGGGAAUAAGUCAAAGACGAUAGGUUAAUUUUGGAAUUCGAACCACAUUGUGCCAAACAGCGUGCAUUUGCUUCUUCGAGUUUGUAGGCGAUAUUUUCACAAACAUUCGCCCAGUAGCUUUCCAAGGCAAGCUUUCGUUUGAUUACAAUUAAGAUCAAUUUAAGACAUCCUCUCCAAGGUUUUGCUAACGCAUCUAAAAUAUUUACUUCAAAUCGAGCGCGGGAAUAAUGGCUACCUUUCCCGCCAUUUUAAUGGGUCGAAUUCGAACCCUCGAUGGGUUAAAGAAUGUGAAGCAUAGAACUUUCGUUUGAUGUCAAAAAUAUCGUGAGGAGUCAUCGUCGUAGCAAUUUAAACUUAUUCAUUUAUUUAUUUUAUUGUAGAGGAUUUAAUUUUUUUCAUGGCUCAAGCAUAAUUAAGCUUCGAAUUUGCUAAAUUUUGGAUCAAGUGAAUGAUAAAACACACUUAAUGCAACUUGAUAGCAAUGUAGAUUUGCAAAUAGGGUGGAAGAUUUAUGUGUUAAGUAAAAUCGUUCAACUGGCAAUCUUCAACUUGAUGUGUUGAAAUAUAACUGCCUGGGCUCAUCACUGAUCAUAAACGUAGAUAAAUAAUUACAGCAUGCAAAAUUUAAAGUUCUGUCAUCACUUAAAGUUUCUAUAAUAACUGGAUCUCCAGGGUUAGUUUAAAAGAUGAGGGAAACAAGGAUUUGUCAUAUGGUCAGUCUAAUCAUGCAUUAUAUUGUUUCAGACUUCAAUCAUUCUUCUACACAUUAACUUCUGUCAUCAUCUGUCUGCAAAAUGUUUGAGGCUAAACUUAGUCAAGGAAACGUCUUCAAAAAGGUUCUUGAAGCCAUCAAAGAUUUGGUUCCAAAUGCAAAUUGGGAAUGUUCAAGUAGUGGCAUUAAUGUUCAAGCCAUGGACAGUAGUCAUGUCAGUUUAGUUUCAAUAUCAUUAGAAGCUGAUGGAUUUGAGCCAUAUAGGUGUGAUAGAAAUGUCAUUCUUGGAAUGGAAACUGCUAAUCUUUCCAAAAUACUGAAGUGUGCUAGUAAUGAUGACAGCAUCACAAUUAAAGCUGAAGAAGGAGGUGACAUGGUGACAUUUCAGUUUGAUAGCCAAAGUAAGUACUGUUUAAAAUUUCAAUGCUCUGAGCUCAAUUUUACCCAAACCUGGCAACCAAAAAUCUUUAAGUGGUCUUCAGAAGUAAAAUAUUUGUUAAAUCUCCCUACCUCCCUUCCUGUAGGAAAGAAAGACACCCUUUGAUUAGCAAACUUGCUCAUCAAAGCUGGCAAUUGUUACAAGGGUAGAAAUGGAAGAUGUUUACAUAACAAAUCAAGGCUUAACUUUUCCAGAUAACUGUGACAGACCAGGAGUAUUUCUCAAGAGUAUAAUACCAAAUGAGAUUCUUUGAGACCAUCAGCAAACUGUGAUUUAACACAUCCUGUUCUUACUUUGUGUUCAUUUCUUUUAGAUGGUGAAAGACAAUGCGAAUAUAAAAUGAGACUUAUGGAUAUUGACAGUGAGCAUUUAGGAAUACCGGUACGUAAGCUAUGUUAUAUCUUAUUACUGGUUAGGUAAAGUGAAAAACUGUGACAAGGUCUUGCAAAGGUGGAUAGAGAAGCUUUCUUAAGUCUGAGAUUGCUGUUUUUAACAAUACUGAUUAAUCUGAAGUUUGUAAAUAACUUAUUUAUCUAUUUACUCUCUCUCUCUCUUGGAAUCAGUUUGAUAAAUGUUGACCUUUUCUACCCUUGUACAUCUUGCCUAGUGAAAGCAGCAAACUGCAACAAGAUGGAUGCUUUAAAAAGGAAUAUUUAAGCAACUUUGGAUACUGGAAGGGCUUCCUCAAAUUCCAUAAUUAUUUUGAUCAAAACUAAUUGAGAAAACUCAUGAACAUGUUUGGAUAACAGUAGCUGCAUUUUAGCUCUAACAGGAUGGCAAAGGCAUCAUGCUUAUGUUUUGACACCAAGUGGAAUGGGAUAGUUGGCACCUGGUGUCUGUAUAAAUGGACUGUUAGUGACAUUUGUAUUUAUUGUCAUUGAGACCACUGGGUUUAAAAAAACUUGUGCAGUAUGUGACAUUUGAUAAUAUUUUGUUUAGGACCAGGAAUAUGAUGCUGUUGUGACAAUGCCAUCGUCUGAAUUUCAAAGAAUAUGUCGAGACCUGACACAGAUUGGUGAUUCAGUGACAAUAAACUGUACUAAAGAAGGAGUUAAGUUCUCAGCCAAAGGGGACCUCGGUGAAGGAAAAGUUUCUCUCUCACAAAACUCAACCGUUGAUGUUGAAGAGGAUCAGGUUGGUUACCAGCUAGUCAUUCAGUGAUGUGCUUCGUAAUUAAAACCAUAGGAAUUGGUAUAGAGACAGUUAUGAAUCAUGUUAAUUUCAUGCCAGCUCACUUGGUAUGAGUAACUUAACGAGUUUAUUUUCUAUAAAUACUAUACUUUUUUGUUGUUCCAGGUUAAAAUUCAGCUCAAUGAACCAGUGGAACUUACUUUUGCUCUCAGAUAUUUAAACUUUUUCACCAAGGUAAGAAAAGAUUUUCUUGACAGAAUGCAUCCAUGAUGGGUAUGGCUUUUUCCAAGACUUAAGUACAUUUAGCAUGAAAGAAGACAAGUUCAACCAGCCAGAAAAAACUAAGAUUAUACAUAAAAAUUCUUGGUAACCAAAACUCGAGAUAUUUGUGGAGAAUUAUGAAAGGCUAUAUAGGAGAUCCAAUGAAGCAUUUAAGACAUCUAAUAGUGCCGUUUUAAACUAUGGCCAGUGAUAUUUGGUUUUGUUCUUGGGCAAGUCAGUCUGCUCUCACAGUUUCUCUCAACAGUUGGGAGUAUUGGAUAGAUAACAGAUAACUUGAAUAAGCUGUAGUGUCAAGCAAAUCAUUCUAAUACAUGUAUGCAGGCUUAAGGGCUUUGUAAUUUUAUUUUGGAAGUAAAAAUAAUGCUUCUCAUCAAAUAUUUUUCAAAAUAAUAUGACGUGAAGAUGAAUGUGCCCAAACUGAAUUGUUACUUUCUAUGGCAGUACCAACUUUGUCCUCAACAGUUCUUCAUUCUUCUUGUUCAGGCUACUCCAUUAUCCAGCACAGUUAAAAUGUCACUGAAAGAGGAUGUGCCCCUAGUCCUUGACUACAAAGUAGGAGAGUUAGGCAACCUCAAGUAAGUUUGCAAAGGAAGAAUAUUUCAUUUGAUUUAGCAAAAGGAAAGUAUUAUGAAGAGGCAAAGUAAUACACUCCUUUCUUCAUUGCUGUUAGCUUUGUCAAAAUUUCACUUUUUUACUAUUUUGGUAGUUGGUCCUGUUCUUUAACCAGUUUAUUGUCUUCCUUUACCUGCUCAAAAGCUAAUUAUAAUGAGAUGAAAUGAUUUGAGGAAGAAUCAUUUGUUACAGGGUGGAUAUGGCAUGUUGUUGUCACCUUUGUCAUUCCUCUUUGACCAAUGUCAUCUGUGUUUGCAGAUAUUACCUUGCUCCAAAGAUUGACGAAGAAGAACCAGCAGCUACUGAUGACUAAAGGCAGCUCACAAGCAUGCAGCCCAAAUGAUGGGAAUCUUAUAUUUUUUGUGUUGGAAAUUAUUUUACAAGUGCUGAACUGUACAUAGGGACCACUAAUGAAGGAAGCUUUGGUAGUGGGCUUCAGUAUGGAAGAAAUUCACCAGUUGUCAUUGGUUGUUGAAAACCUUUUCAAGGUGUUUCAAACUAAGUAUAGUGGUAAAUUGAAAUAUAAUAAACUUGUUAUUCAGCUCAAAUUCUUGCUUUUGUUCUUCCUUGUUGAUGCUGUUAAGUACUGUCAUGAUAACACACUAUAUCAUGUCACAUAUUGUUUCCUUUGUUCUUAUAGCCUUAGUGUUUUAUUGAGGGUGAUACUGUUAGGAGAAAGUAGAUACUGGUCAUUCCUGGGGGCUAAUAAGUUAACCCGUUCUAUCCUAACAUCAGGAAGCAAAUUCUCCAUACUAUUUCCUUUCAAUUUCCUAGGAGGGUAGGUAAGGAUAAUUUGUUUAAUAACAAGCAAAAGCUUCUUUAGCUGGUGAUCAUCUCCUUUAUUCUCAUGACCUUUAUGUGUUAUUCAGGGAUGAUAUUGUAAAGAGAAAUUAGAUGCUGGUCACUCUAAGGGGGUUAAAGGGUGAAGACAGCUGAACAUGAAUAACUUACCUUAUAUGGGUCAUUCAAAACAUGGAAUGUCAGAGUUCUGCUAUAUCAGUUACCAUGCCUUGAAAGUUAAGAAUUUUACAUGUUCGUUUUCAUAUUAUUCAUGAACUAAAUUCUUGGCACUUAGUUCUUGGAAAAAAUCACAGGAUGUCAUUGAGGUUCAUUAUCUCAGAAGAGUAUGAACCUUGUUUACUCUUAACCUUGAGAUUAGAAACUGAUAGUGAUGAUAUUGGGGGCAUCAUGAAUUUUGAAAAUGAAACAAGCUUCAGGUUGGCGAAAGAUGUUUGUAAAUCUUUGUGGGAAAUGAUUGGAUUGAAUUUCUAGACAUGAGAAUAACUAGAGAAAUAACUUUGAGAAAUAACCUCUAGCCCUACUUUACAAAAUCACCAUCAUAUUUCAAAUCAAUUUGCACAAAUCACCUUUAAUAAUGUCAUUAAUAAGAACACUAGAUAUUCUUAAAAUAUUGCACAUCAGGUUUUUAUAUUACACUAAAUGAACAUCAUUUGAUAGGUAAAGAUGGUUAUUAAAAUAGAUUGUACAAAUCAG